UUAUGUGUAAGCGAGGGAGAGAGAGAGAGGGAGGCAGCUGGAGUCUCACACACAACUGUAGUCAGUCUUGGAAUCUGAGCGCUGCCAAGAGGCGAACAUAGAAGCCAGCGUCGUACUUUCGUGAGGAUGACAUGCUCUCAUAAGAGCAUGGGAGGCUGUUUUGUUAAGGGAAUCAAAGGAAGAUCAAAGGCAUUUCUACAAUGUCAGGGUUGCUGAUGUUGCCAUCUACAUCGCUUUCAAUUCAGCACUGCCCACCCUACUUAGCUUAUUCAUAAGGAGUCGCUGUCAUCGUAACGAUCGAUUGGCUGCAAUGAUAAUGAAUCACUUCCUCUGGCUGCUUCCACUGGUCUUUCCGCACCUGAGCUCUCCAGUCAUAUUGCUAGAGAGGAAUGAUGGGAAUCUCUUUCACAACUGGAACCAUCUGAUGAACGGAGAUAAAACGGUGCUGCACAGAUCCAAAAGAGACUGGAUGUGGAGGCAGUUCUUCCUGUCGGAGGAAUACACAGGAAGUAACUAUCAGUAUGUCGGCAAGCUUCGCUCAGACAAAGACAAAGGGGACGGAACUGCCAGAUAUGUUCUCUCCGGGGAAGGAGCAGGCACAGUUUUUCGUAUCGAUGAGAAGUCUGGGGAUUUACAUGCUACACAGAGACUGGACAGAGAGGAAAAGGCUUCUUACACACUGCAGGCCCAGGCUUUCAACAAGAUCACGGGCCUCCCCUUGGAGCCUGCCACUGAAUUCAUUGUCAAGAUACAUGACAUCAAUGACAAUGAGCCCAAAUUUACCAGGGCUGUCUACACUGCCAGUGUACCUGAAAUGUCAGACGUCGGUACUUUUGUAAUAGAAGUCAAUGCCACUGAUGCAGAUGAUGCCACAUAUGGAAACAGUGCUAAACUCGUGUACAGUAUCCUGCAAGGGCAGCCCUACUUCUCUGUGGAUCCUGAGACAGGAAUUGUCAGAAUAGCCCUUUCCAAUAUGGACCGGGAAGUACGGAAGGAGUAUCAGGUGGUUAUUCAAGCCAAAGACAUGGCAGGACAGAUGGGUGGUCUGUCUGGAACCACCAUGGUCAACAUUACCCUUACAGAUGUUAAUGACAGCCCGCCACGUUUUGCUUACAGUUCUUACCACCUAAGCACUUAUGAGUCAGCAGAAAUCGGAUCAACUGUGGGUCGAAUCAAAGCCAAUGAUGGUGACGAGGGAGAAAAUGCUGAAAUGAAAUACAGAAUUGUAGAUGGAGAUGGCAAAGAAUAUCUCGAUAUAAUUACAGAUGAGAUAUCCCAAGAGGGUGUUAUCGUUGUCAAAAAGAAAAUGGACUAUGAAAGCAAGCGCGUGUACACUGUGAAAGUGGAGGUGACUAACACACACCAGGACCCCAACUUCUUUCAUCUGGGCCCAUUCUCAGACACAGCCAUCGUCAAGGUCACAGCCAAAGAUGUGGAUGAGCCUCCGAUCUUCAGCAGGCCUCAGUAUGUCUUUGAGGUCAAUGAGGACACACCAAAAGGAACGGCAAUUGGAACCAUUACAGCCUGGGACCCCGAUGCCACAGAUUACCCAAUCCAAUAUGCAAUAGAUCACCACACAGACCCAGAUAGACUCUACCACAUCGACCCCAAGAAUGGAUCCAUCACAAUUCUUAAGUCUCUUGACAGGGAAAUGUCAAAGUGGCACAACAUCUCAGUCUUGGCCAGUGAGAUGAAUAACCCUCAUCAAAGAAGCCGUGUUCCUGUCUUGAUAAAAGUUUUGGAUGUGAAUGACAAUGCGCCAGAGUUUGCCAUGAUUUAUGAGACAUUUGUGUGUGAGAAUGUCAAAGCUGGGCAGCUUAUACAGACUAUCAGUGCCAUCGACACAGACGAUCCUCUUGUGGGUCACAAAUUUGUAUUCAGCUUGAGUUCGUUGAAUCCAAACUUCACCAUCUUUGAUAAUGAAGAUAACACAGCCAGAAUCCUGACCAGAAGAAGUGGAUUUAACAGGCGUGAAAUGAGUGUCUACUAUCUGCCAGUAGUUAUCUCCGACAGCGACUACCCCAUCCAGAGCAGCACCAGCACGUUGACCAUCCGUGUGUGCAGCUGUGACGCCACCGGGAACAUGCGUUCCUGCAGUGUCGAUGCGUUGCUGCUCUCUGCUGGCCUCAGCACUGGGGCGCUAGUGGCGAUACUUCUCUGCAUGCUUAUCCUGCUUAUGAUUGUCGUGAUGUUCUCAGCUUUAAAGAAGCAAAGGAGGAAGGAACCACUGAUCAUCUCCAAAGAGGACGUCAGGGAUAACGUAGUCAGCUACAACGACGAAGGGGGUGGCGAGGAGGACACGCAAGCCUUUGACAUCGGCACACUGCGCCACCCGGAGGUGAUCGAAAGCAAUAAGCUGCGGCGCGACAUCAUCCCCGAGAUGCUGUUUCCCUAUCACAGACCUUCACCCAUGAAGGAGUGUGCGGAUGUCAGAGACUUCAUUAUUAGCAGACUGCAGGAAAACGACACAGACCCUUUCGCACCUCCCUAUGACUCUCUCGCCACUUAUGCUUAUGAGGGCAAUGGAUCAAUCGCUGAGUCACUGAGCUCUCUGGAGUCCUCCGUGACUGAGGGAGACCAUGAAUAUGAUUACCUCUCUAACUGGGGGCCGCAGUUUAAAAAACUUGCUGACAUGUACAUUGGAAAGGAUACGGGAGUUGCCAACUAGACUGCCAUUCAGUGACAUUCAUUCUCUGUAUGUCUGAUCUCACUCUGGGCUGUGAGGCAUAACUUGAAAGAAGAACAAAAAAAGGAUACUUCACACAUGAAGUCUUUUUUCUUUUGUUUUCUACCAACACAAGCUGAAUUUCACUUUUAUGAUGGAUUUUUUUGUGUGGACAGUGUUGUGUAAGGUGACUUUGUGUUAAUAAGAGAAGUGAUGGUGAUUUUGUUUUUUGUUCACUAGCAGAAAAAAAAAAACUUGAUGGAGGAGCAAAAUGAAUGGAUGAUUUUGUGACUUUAAAAACAUGAACAGUGACAAGACUGCCUUCGUCUUAUGACAGAUUGUAAAAGACUCUUCCCUGUUCCUCUUCAGCCCUGUCCCAAAUGGAACCCUAAGCCCUUGCGAUCUUCCUCCAAGUCACACCUUCAUGGCGUAAUGCCACUUUGACUGUCGGGUAGACGUCUGCUGCGGGGGUUGCUUUAGUGCGGGCUCGGCAAAAGUGCGCAUCGAGAACGCAUAUCAUCCACAAAGUGGACGCUCUCAAACACCCUUCUGAAACGUAAAAGGACAAACAGGACAACCUAUGGACACGCGUAUGCGGCAGCCAUUGUAAGCUCACAAGACCGCAAGUGCACAUGAAGUGUGCCAUUUGGGACAGGGCCAUGCUUUGAAGAUGGUGGCGUAUCCAGGAAUUCAGCAUCACAAAUCAUGUUGUGCUACAAUGCCAUGUUUCAUGGCAUUUUUGGAAAAAAUGAAAUGGGUAUAUUUAAGUUCUACAAAUGCUUUUUUUUUCAUUUUAUGUUUUUUAAUGAUUAGUCACCACAUUAUUGCAGUGAUUAUUAUGUUUCUAGCAUGUUAUAUGUUUGGGAACAGUUCUUUUAUUGAUUGAGUGUGUGGCUUUUCAUUUCUUAAACAACCAUGUAGGAAGACAUAUCAUGGCCAUAUUUCAGAAUGAAAAUGUCAAGAUUCAUCAGGUUUAAACUGUGAAAGAAUGGUUCAGAGAGCAUGAAGAAUCAUUUUCACACAUGAAUUGGCACCUCUGAGUCCAGACCUUAAAUUCAUUCAAAGUAUUUGGGAUGUGCUGGAGGAGACUUUACAGAGUGCUUGACUCUUGCAUUGUCAAUACAAGAUCUUGACCAAAAAUUGAUGCGCCUCUUGAGGAAAAUAAAUGUUGUGAUGUUAUUUCCAUCAAGAGGUGUAUCAAGUUUUGGUCAAGAUCUUGUAUUGACAUUGCAAGAGUCAACAUGGUUGUUUAAGAAAUGAAAAGCCACGCAAUCCCUCAGUUAGGUUUAAAAGAAUGGUUGCCCAACAUAUAACAUGCUAUAAACAUAAUAAUCACAGCAAUAAUGAUCCAGUCAUAGGCCCUGUCCACACGAACAUGGGUAUUUUCAAAACCGCAGCUUUUUAUAUGUGGUUUGGCUGUUCGUCCACAUGCAAACGCUGUAUCUGGUCACUGAAACCGAUCUUUGAAAACUCCUGCCAGGGUGAAGAUUUUUAGAAACUCCGGUUGCAGUGUUGUCUUGUAGAAGGUGAAACCGGAAAUUUUGGCUUGUGACGUCAGAAGCAGAACCGGUAAUAACCUUUUUUCCAUGCUUCUGAUUGGCCAACAUUGCUUUACGGUUAGAGUUAUAUCGCCACCUGUUGGUUUGGCAUGCUCUUGACAGAACUUAACGAGUUUGUUUGCCCAUAUAAUCUUUAGGGUAUUAGGUUAGCUAAUUUGGCUUGCUGUCCACUGAGGAGGGACUCAAUGAAGCAGCUUCAACUCGAGCUCUGAUAUAUUUUGCGUUUUCAUGUGGACGUGAUUUUUUUUAAACGAUGGACGAAAAAGUAUAUAUAUAAAAAUACCCGUGUACAUGUGGGCACAGAAUUUGCCUGUUCAAAUCCAAACUGCAUUUUUUUUUCUGUUUUUUUUCUGGCAGUGUAUAAAAGUGUUCCAUACAACUUAGGCACUGUAUUCCAUGUCUUAUGAAAUCAUUUGAGUAUAAUUUGAGCCAUUCUUUAAGAAUUAAAAUCAUUCAGUCAGAUCUUUUCAAUUAAUUGGUUGAUUCAAUUUACAAAAUUGGUUUUAAAUGAUUAAUUCACAAAUUUGAUUGAGCCGCUCCCCACAAUCUACUCACUGGCUCAAUGAGGGAGAGAUUAUUGGCAAACCAUCUUUACAUUUUAUAUUUCUCACACAAAGCUAUUGUAUGACUUCAGAUGUCUUGGACUAUCGCACACAAGUUGAAUGGAUUCUUUUAUGUUGCUUUUGCUUUUUUUUUUUUUUUAACCUUGAAAUCUUCAGUUCUCACUUAUUGUGAUUGUAUGGAAUAGAGCAAUCAGGGCAGUCUUCAGAAUUUAUGUUCCACAAAAUAAAGUCAGUCAUACAGGUUUUGAGUGAUAUGAGGGUGAGUAAAUGAUGAUAGAAUGUUCAUUUUUGUGGGUGAACUGUUUCUUUAACAGGACUUUACAUAAAGGGAUUUCAGUUAUAUUGGCUACAUUUGAAUGUGAGUGGAGGAAUGUUUCUUCACAGAUUCGGCCUCUCUACACAUCUUUUGAAGUGCUCUCUUGUUGAAACAAUUGCAGCAUUAUCAUUACAGCACUGAAAGCUUACAGAGGAACAGGGGAGUAUUUCUACAUCUGUAUGAGACGUAGUUCAAUUCAACUUCAUUUGCUUGUGUGAAGUUUGCUUAAUUUGCAAAACUACAGAUUACUCUGAAAUCAAACAGAAGUGUCACAAGGAAUGCUGCAACACACUGAGCUUGUGUGAAUGAAUGUUGUCAAAGUGUUUUAUAUCCACAUUUUUUUAAGUAUAUAUUUUAAUAAAAAAUAUGAAUGCA